UGAGUCACUGGUUUUUCCGUUUUCCCCUGAAUGCUUCAUCCCUCACCCACUUCCCAGCCAAUCAGCCCAUUCUCACCUCAAUCAGCCUCACUGCUCUCACCUGUUCUUCACACAGGUUACUCUCUUUGCCAGAUUGUUCCUCUGCUCUGUAUGACUAUCCAGCUCUGUUUUCUAGUUUGACUUGCCCGUUGAUGACUCUGCCUGCUUCCGUUUUUGCCUCGUGCCUUCCCAAUUGCACCAGAUGAACUGGUCACAGUGCUUUGCUGCUGCCACAGAUGAAAACUGAUCACCGAACAUGAAGAUCAGAACUUGUAAAAGAGGAGAGCGCAGCAUUUGUCUUCCCAAGUACUGGAUCAUCAUCCUGUUUCUGGUUGUGUUAAUGGCUGUGCUACAGAACAUGGACUUCCAAGAGCUUCACCAUAAAGUGAAGUCUCCCAUCUGGUUCCCGAGUGUUUCCACAACCCCCAACAUUCAUCAAGACUUCUGCACUUUCAAGCCAUUGUCUCCUGAGGAUGCUCAGGAGGAACAUCAUCUUCUAACCUCCAUUACUUGGCCUGAAACUCCACUUUUGCCAGAUCCUCUUUCCCUGGAUCAGACCAGUGAUCCUGCCCACAGCACCUUCACCAUUCUCCCAGGAAGUAGAGGAGGACAGUGGCAUGUAGGGGAUCAGUUGGAGGUUAUGAUACACAUGUAUGACUUCCAGGGCUCUCCUAAGAAGUAUGGGGGAGAUGCCUUAAUUGCCAGGCUGCAUAACUCUACACUUGGUGCAGGUGUGGCUGGGCAAGUGGUGGAUCAUCUAAAUGGCAGCUACUCUGCUGUAUUCUCUUUACUCUGGGAAGGAAGCGCGUCUGUUGAGGUGACACUAAUUCAUCCUAGUGAGGCUGUCACAGUGCUGCGGCGGCUGACCAGCGAACAGCCAGACAGGAUUUCCUUCCAGAGCUUCUUCAGAUCAGGCUCACUCUCUCAAACGACCACGUGUAACGUCUGCUUACGUUCAACCCAGCAGCCGCUGUGCAACUACACUGACCUCCACACAGGCGAUUCUUGGUUCUGCUACAAGCCACAGAAGCUGAACUGUGAUAGUAGGAUCAACCACUCCAAGGGAGACUUCAAACAAAACCUCAAGACCAAGGAGGACAAGCUCUUUCAAAGUGGUGUCAACAUGAAAGUCUUGAUUCAUGCUUCAGGACCUGACAGUGUCAACAUUUUGCCAAAAAAACAAGGUGAACCGGAGAUGAAGAGCAGGAGUGUGAAUUCUGGACUCUCUGGCUAUUACUAUGAAAAUGCGUGGCGAGCACUAAGUGGCCCUGCAGUUCGACAGUUCAGCACCUCCUCUGCCGUCAGUCAAUGUCUGAAAGGCAAGGUGGUCCACCUGUAUGGAGACUCCACCAUCAGACAGUGGUUUGAACACCUCAGAGAAACACUCUCAGAUCUGAAGGAGUUUGACCUGCACAGUCCAAAGCAAGUUGGACCCUUCAUGGCCUUGGAUUAUGCAAACAACAUCUUGGUGACAUACCGCUGCCAUGGUCCACCCAUCCGUUUCGGCAUAACCCCAGUCAGCGAGCUCCGUUACAUUGCCAAUGAGCUAGAUGGCUUAAUUGGAGGCCCCAACACUGUCGUAGUUAUUGGCAUCUGGUCUCACUUCAGCACUUUCCCUGUUGAGGUCUACAUUCGACGGCUGCAGAGCAUCCGCAGGGCAGUGGUACGGCUGCUGAACAGGGGUCCAGGCACGCUGGUCGUCAUUCGAACUGCCAACCUCAAAGCAUUGACACUUUAUGAGGCACUAACCAACAGCGACUGGUAUUCAAUGCAGCGUGACAAGGUGCUUAGAACCAUGUUCAAAGGACUGAAUGUCCGUCUGGUGGAUGCCUGGGAGAUGAGUCUGGCCCACCACCUGCCGCACAGCCUCCACCCACAACCUGCCAUUAUUAAGAAUAUGAUUGAUGUUCUCUUGUCUUACACAUGUCCUCAAAAGGAACAGUAGAUGUAUGUUUGAGGGAAGAGAGGAGUGGGGAUUCAAGGGCACAUUCUUAGUUUAUAUGUUGCAUCUGUGUUUCUACCAAAUGCUGCAUUUUUUUUUCCUUCAGCAGUCCAUGUACAGACUGAUUUUUAGAGAAGCACCUGUAUGUUGGGUAUUUAAAAGGAGUGUAGAUGAAUAAUCACACUUGACACAUAUCACAUGUCUUGGAAUUUCCAAGCAUGUGAGAGAUGCAGAAAACACUCAGCAAGGGAUAAUGAGAUGAAUCAGGGUGAAAGUAAUAUUACCAUAAAAGUCCGGUCCAUAACAGGCCCCUCUAUGAAAUUAAAGUGGGUUUAGGGGUUCAUGGGGUUAGCCAGCUUAAUUUACAGGAUAUUAACACUGUAGCAACAUGACAUCUCACAACAAAAUAUAUCAUGCUGUAUCACGAUGUGACGAUGGACAAAAAGAGCCGAACACAGCAUGCCACACCCUCACACACACACACUAACAUUUCAUACCUUUUCCAGAAAGCUACUGGGGCCACAAGUUUUCACUUUUGUGCUGAUACAGAAUCCAUUCUAAAUCAUUUAUUUCCAGUUUCAUAAUUACAUAAAUAAAGUAGUCAAUAUAAAAAUAACUGUUAUGUUUACAUUCUGUUUUUAUUUUGUGACUUUUUCUGUGACCGCCCCCUUUCGUCCACGGCGGAAAACCUGUUGAAUGUUUAGAUUGCACAGAUAUAAAGCGUGCGCUACAGUGAAACUACAGUCCCUGGCUCUAAAGUGCCAAAAUGUUGGUAAAUGUUAGUACCUAAUCAGCACCAUCAAGUGGGAUUAACCAAGAUUAGCCACAAGAUAGCAGCUAACUGUCUACCUCUAAGAAGCAACUUGUGCUCUGCUGGUUUGAAUCCAUGGUACUGUGUGUGUGUGUGUGUGUGUGUGUGUGUGUGUGUGUGUGUGUUUUAUUUUUGGUUCAGUUAUGGCUUCAGGAAACGGUACAAAUGUAGAAAAAAAUACAAAUAUACUUUUAUUUUGAAAGGAGUGUAAAUGUCUAUAUCUGAUAAUUCACUUGUCUUGUCACUUCUGAAUCUCCUGUAAUUUCAUAUUCUUCAAAGAAUUUUUAACAACUGUCCCAAAUACUUUGAAGCUUCUAACAUGCCAAUCAAAAUCAGAGGUAGGACGCUGCCUCUGCUGCAUUGGCAAAGAGCAAGAAAUUGAGCUUUCCUAUGGCCUGUAAUUAGCCAGGCAUGUGUGCCUGAAAUGAGCCCACAGAAUAGCGUGAAAACAUCCUUGUGAGGGAACAUUUCUGUUCCGUGUGCACAAAUGCAGUCACAAAAGCAUAUUGGGCUGUAAGUGCACUCUCAGUCAUCCCUAUGUGGAUAUUACAGAAUAACACUCGCUUGUCAAGUUGACCUUUUAGACUUUGGAAGGUGGGAUAGGAAAGACAAUGACUCAUGUCUUCCCCUCCUGUCCUUGUAUCUGAUCAUAACAUUUAGCAAAGUACAACAGCUUGUGUCAUCCACCCACCUUUACCUCAUGCCAAGCUUUUAGUAUUCUUGGAAAAUUCUCCCUGAACUGAACUUGAACUGAUCAAUCACAACUUGAACGAUUUACCUUUGAUUUUAUUAGGAGCUAAUGGGUAUAGAUGGUUGUAGCCGACAUUCAAAAGUUCAAAACUCAAUUCACGAAGUAUCUGAUGUAUCAUUUGCUGUCCUCCAUAUCCCACAAUCUACUGUGCACCGUCCAGUCAUUUGACGGAGCUCUCAAGCUGUUUUUGGCAGCUUGUAAAGUUGGAAAAUGUCACGUGACUUUGACUGCGUCUCAAGGUUAUUUUGUCAUGAUCAAUCACUGGUGAAUAUUUUACUUGUAUGAAGACUAUGUAAGGCCACUGCAGGCUGUAAAUAAUAGAUGCCAAACAGUCCACUGUCUGCUUACUAUCUGUUGGUAUUUACAGGAAGUUACAUGGAUCAGUUAGCCAGUCAAUUUUUCCAGUUGUGCAACAUUUCCUGAUCCAUAGAUCUCUGUGCUCACCUACACCAUGUAUUUCAACAGUGCUGUAAAUGCGGAAUGUGUGAGCAGGAUCAGGCUGUAGCCUGCAUAACUUGAGGUCAGUGUGGUUUACCGAGUGCAGCCAAUGUUCCAUUCCUCUGACAGUAAAUUUAACAAAAGCACACAUCUGUUUUACAAAGGGAGAGUUUAUAGGCCAGGUACUGUUGAUUUUCAGGUUAAAUGGAACUUUCUUCCACUCUGCAGUCAGUCAGUGCAUCAUAAAAAUGGAUUAAUAAUAACUGACAUCUACUUAUACCUCAACAAACAUGUAUUUGUGGAAAUCCCCUUUAGCUGAAAUUAAUGUAUUUUAUGUUUUCAAAGAACAGAAGAGUUAUUUUGAGACUAUUUUUACUAUGUAAAAAUGAAACGUUUACAUGGUGUUUGGUAUAAAACGUAUUGAAAUAUUAAUACGGCAAACUACUGUUUAAACUACUGACACAAUUGCUGAUUAUUGAAUUGUGAUUAUUGUAUGUAAUGUUAACUUGGUCUUGCUUGUUUGUAAGUUCUUGAAAAGUGUGACAACGUAAUUUCUUGAUUGUUAGACUUUUGUAUAAUUGUUGUUUUAUAUACUUAACAAACAAACUUUGAAAGUUAACUACAACAUUCAUAUGAAAUGGAGAUUAUCUAAAGUUCUUAUUUAAUAUUAAUUGAAGAUGAACUGUCACACGGUAUGUGAAAAGAAAUUUUCUAGGAUAGUCGGAACAAGAAAGACUUCCUGAGACCAGUUGAAUAAAAUGUAUAUUUAGUCUAUAAAUUACUUUCAUAUUUUCAAGUUCUUAUCUCAAAGGUUUUGCAAAGAGAAGAGACUGUAACAGAAGUGAAAUUCCAUCAUAGUAUGAACAGAAAUAAAAAAAAACAUUAGACACAACAAGGGUUCUGCAAAUAAAACCAUUUAAUAGCGAUGUAUGUAAUACUCUAGUGCUUCAUAAUAAAAUAAAUGCAUUCUACAUUC